CACAAUUUUACAGCAAAUAAAACAAUAUCGUACGACUGGAGUGAGUGAUUGAGUGAGUGGGCAGCUCACCUGUUAAUAUAAUUACCUUCUUCCUUCCUUGAACAAACCCUUUUUCUCAGGUUCGGUAUAAUCAUUCACACCAUUACCUCUCUCUCGAUUUUCUUGGAUUCCUACUUUUUCAAUUUUCCCGGAAAAUAUUUUACCGUCUGCUUCCCGAGAAACCAUUCUUUAUUAAUUUCCCUCUCUCUCUCUCUCUUUCUCUCUCUCUCUCUCUCUCUCUACUUUCCUAGAACAUUUCAGUUCUUUCACUCACUCCAAUCCUCCAAGAACCCAUCUUUCUUUCAUCCUUGCAUCCCCAGAAAAAUCCCACUUCUGGGUUUUCUUGACCACCCACUUAAUUCCCCCACCGAGCUAUCAGAGCUCCAAUGGCGGCCGAGAACGCGCUGAAAUCGAAGGAGGUGUCAGCCAUGAUCAAACAGGGCUUCAUCUCCGAUCAAACCCUCUCCUUCUCGCCGUCAAGAUCCCUCUCCAAGUUAUAUUCCCCCACCUCCUCGGCCUUCAAACCCCUCUCCUCCCCUCCUUCCCAACCGCCGCCGCCGCCGCCACCCCCACCGCCACCGCCGCCACCGCCACCGCAACUCGCCAGGACAACUCAGUCCCUGACUCGGGUGACCCAGUCCCAAACCCUCCACGAGAUGAUGUCCGACGGCCAGCACCGGAACUCCAAGCUCCUCCCGGACCGGAAGGUCCACGAGAAAGUCCACAGGCUCCUCCAAAACGCGCCAUUUCGGAACCCCAAUUGGGGAGGGCUGGUGUCCGGCGACGUCAGGCUGAUGGUGGUGGCCAAGGACGGGUUCAGGGUCUCGAUGGACGUGCACAAGAGCGUCCUGGAGGCGAAAAGCCGGUUCUUCGCCGAAAAACUCCGAAAAGAUCGGGGGGUUUCGCACUGCGUGGAGAUUUCGGACUGCGAUGAUGUGGAGGUGUAUGUGGAGGCUGUGGUUCUCAUGUAUUAUGAUGAUUUGAAGAGGAGGUUGAUGGGUGAGGAGGUCUCUAGGGUUUUGGGUUUGCUGAAGGUAUCUGCUGCUAUCAUGUUUGAUGAAGGGAUUACCUCAUGCCUGGAGUAUUUGGAAGCUGUUCCAUGGUCUGAGGAAGAAGAGGAGAAAGUUGUAUCGCAACUUGGUGAGCUCCAGCUUCAUGAAGACUUAGCCGGUGAAGUUCUUAUGAGAGUGUCAUCUGAACCGUCCAUUUCUGCAAGAGCCGAUGAUAUCUUCAUGAGAUUGCUGACCGGAGUUCUUCAUGCGAAGGAUGAUAGAGCUCGUCGGGAAAUAAAAACUCUCAUUUCUCGGUUGCUCAGAGAAGAUGCAGCCAGUGACGGCAACAUGAUUGAUGUCUCUAAAGAAACCCUUUACCAUCUUUGCCAUAGAUGUCUCAGUUCUCUUGUUCUGUGCUUAUCUGAAGCGACAUCCGCAGAUGAUGGCAGGCGGGAUCGCGGGGUUUUGAUGGCGGAGAUAGCGAGAGAGGCCGAUAACAUGCAGUGGAUUGUUGGUAUUCUGGUGGACAAGAAAAUGGGUGAUGAGUUUGUGAAGUUAUGGGCGGAUCAGAAGGAGCUUGCUGUCCUGCAUUCGAACAUUCCAACCAUGUACAGGCACGAAAUCAGUAGAAUCACUGCUCAGCUGUGCGUUGCAAUUGGGAGCAGGCAUUUGCUUGCGCCCAAAGAAACGAGAUUCUUGCUGCUAUCGACAUGGCUGGAAGCUCUGUAUGAAGACUUCGGAUGGAUGAGGAGGGCUUCUUCGAGGUCUUUUGAUAAGCAACUGGUUGAAGAGGGAAUAAGCCAGACAAUUCUCACGCUGCCAUUGCAGCAGCAGCAGACUAUUUUGCUUAAUUGGUUCGAUCGGUUUCUAAACAAGGGAGACGACUGCCCCAACAUUCGGAAGGCGUUCGAGGUUUGGUGGAGAAGAGCAUUUAUCAAACACGUAUCGGAGCACGAAAAUACCCAGGUAGAAAUAACUGUUUGUGACUACCCAAGCUGAAUAAAAUCGACACAGAAAUGUACAUGUACAUAAAAAGAUAUAUUUUGUUUCCUGUACCCGCUUUUGAUGAAAACUUUAGGUUUCGAAGAUCUUCAUUGCUGUGAAAAUCUUACGUAAAAAGAUAUAUUUUAUUU